UUUUCAACACAGUAUACUGGUGCUGGAAAGUUGUUAGUUAAUCAAAUUGCUCAUGUUAUAGGCCCCGGGAAACCCAGCUAUCAAGAUCUGAAGAAAUGUCUCGACAAUUUUUCGAUGAUUUGUCAGGAAAAGGCAUUACAGAUGUAUCCUUUUCUGCCAUCGGUGCCGGUGCAAUGGGUUUCUCGGAAAGGGAAUCUGUGACUUUGAUAUUCGAUAAUAUAAGCCGAAUGGCCCUUAGCAAAAAUCCAACUCUGAAUUUGGUUCGCAUCGUGAUAUUUGAGAAGGGAAAGUUUGAUCAAUUUAAAGAUGCAACGAAAACAUAUUUUUCAUCUGAACCAGACGCAAGACGCAAUCCAAAAAAAAGUUCUAAAAGUUUUAAUGUUUUUCGUUCGAAGAAAUUUGGUAAAUCAAAGAUUAAGGUAAAGGAUCCUGAAGCGAGUAGUUUGUCAGUCAAGAUAUUUUCCGAUGACAUGAAGUAUGUAGAAAGUGCUUGGUCAGACUUUUUAAAGAGCAUGGAAGAGAAGCUCACGGAGCAUACCAUUCGUAAUGAAACUAUCAAAAAAUUUGGCGAGAGUGAAAAGAAAAAAAUUCGUGAAGUAGAGCGUAACUUUGAUGUCACAAUUAAGGUAGACUUCACCAAAGGAGAGGCCUGUAUUAAUGGUCAUGUUUCAGAUAUCCCUGAAAUUACCGACGCAUUGGGCAAUAUGUUUAAAGAAAUUGAAGAAAAAGAAAACAGCAAAGUUCCUCACUAUUGGGAAACACCUCCAGACGAUAAUGUAUAUCAUGCCUUCGAACUUCAACCUAAGAGUGAUGAAUAUAUGAAUGUGAAAAACGCAUUUGACAAGACCGCAAGUAACGAAAUAGUGAAGAUUGAAAGAAUACAAAACCAGCGUAUAUAUGAGCUGUAUAACGUAAAACGUAAGGCUAUGAAAGAAAAAUAUGGUGACGCAGACUUUGCAGAUAAAGAGAAACAACUCUUUCAUGGUACUUCGAAGGAUAACGUUGAAAAAAUUAAUGCAGGUGGACUGAACAGAAGCUUUGCUGGAAUACAUGCCACAGCUUUUGGUAAAGGUGUUUAUUUUGCACGAGAUGCCAGCUAUUCCCUUAACGAAAAAUUUUCUCCAAAAGAUGCAAAUGGGUUACGUUAUGUGUACUACGCUAGAGUUUUGGUUGGUGACUACGCUAAGGGUGAUUCAACCAUGUUGGUUCCACCAUCAAAAAACACCGCAGAUCCAAACGAAACCUAUGAUUCUGUCGUCAACGACACCAAAGAUCCUUCAAUAUUUGUAAUGUUUAAAGAUUACCAGUAUUAUACUGAAUAUCUUAUUACUUUUAAGUAACUUAAGUCAAUUAUAUUAAGAUGCACGAAAUUUUUCUUCUUUCGAUCAUGUAUUUAUUCAAAAUGUCUCAAUGAGCAAUUGCAUGUAAAGUAGGGAUCAUAAUAAAAUGUCCAACAUAAUCAAUAAGUUAUUUUUUAGUAGAAAUGAAAAAUUCAUUGCACCAAAAGCUGUUUAGUAACAGUAAUUAUUGAAUUAUCGUAUUUACGUUUAAUCAAUGCACUUAUCAUAAAGGUUGACUAAACUGGGAUUUAGUCCCACCAAUAAAUUUCCUGCACAUGAUAUAUUGAUUCUAAUGUAUUUUAGUGCCACUGACUUUUUUCAACGUUUUUUGCCUAUAUUCAAACAUUCACUUAGAGAAGUAUUUGUAUUGUGUUUUAUAUUUUCUGCGCUUCUUACUUCGACUAUGUAUAUUCCAAUUAUAAAAUUGCUCAAGUGUUGAGAUUUUU